AUGGUCAGCUCAGAUGCCCUGUCGAGCUUCGUGCCGCUGGUGUCAUGGCUCGUCCUGCCCAACAUCCUCACCACUCUAGUCUUGCGGGCGGUCUACCAGACGCAAAUCAUUGCGCUCCCGUCCAACGCGCAGCAGCAGCAACACCACAACCAGGUGGCCAGGGCCUUUGUCAUUGCCUCGUACCUCAUUUAUACCAUCUAUGCCUCUCUCUUCCGUCGCGAAGCCAACUUCUACCAAGUCCUUGGAAUAUCUCUCGACUGCGAUACAGAAGAUGUUCGCCGAGCUUUUCGCAAACUCGCCCGCAUCUACCACCCAGACAAGGUGGGAGGAGGUGCGCGCAGCGAGGCCUUCUUUAUCCUGCUCAGACGGGCGCAUGACGGGUUGGUAGAGCCGACAAAGCGCUUCGCAUACGACCGCUUCGGUCCAGAGGUGAUGCGAUGGGGGAGCGAUACCAUCACCGAGCGAGAGUACUUCUCAAAGGGCGUCACCCACUCUCUCUCCUUCUACAUCAUCAACCCUCUCAUCUUUGGAGCCAUGAAUUGGCUCAAUGGAGAAGCCGUCUUCACCUUCUGGCGAACUGCGCUUCUAGUGCUCCUUUUCACCCUCGAAGUCAGCCUCAUCACCGCUCCUGCCUCGCCACCUGCUCUUGUCAGGGUCCUGCUCCCAACUCAGACGGUGCACGACCUCGUAGGAUGCCUCCACACCACCUUUAUCGCCGUCAACCUCGCCUCGAGGCACAUCGGCUCGCUCUUGCCUCCCCUGGGGGGCACCAUGGGCAAGAUGCGAGAACUAGCGUCGCUGGAGGGAGGAAGCGCAAAGAACAACGAGAAAGGCAUGCAAGACAUGGUGCAGGCCAUGGCCAAGAUGCAAGACUUGUCGACGGCCGUACGCAUCGAAAGUGCCCGCAGCAUGGCUCACAGCCUGCAACCGCUGAGGCCACCAGCAGUGUCGUCGGCUGCGACGGUACAAGGCGCAGCUCGCGAUGCUGCAGAGGCCCAUGCGAGCCGGUCGCACGAACCCAGGGCGAAGCUUCGGGCGCCAUCCAAGGCCGAAGAAGCCUGGAUCCACCUUUUCGGUCGACGACUCCUCCGAGCUCAGGUGGAUGCUCAUCGAGGGCAGCAAAGCCAGACAGGGCAUGUCGCACCGACUUCGGCAGCGGUUAGCGGGACCCCCGGCUCCUCGGCCGUCGCUCCGCCCGCGCUUUCGUCGCACACAGCGAUCGAACGACAACCCCAUUCUAGCACAGAUGGUGCGCAUGUAUCAUAG